GAAAACAAGGAAGUAGUCAGGAAAAGACCAGGAAGACCAAAGCUGGAGUUAGUCGCCGUCAAACACAAUACGCUCUGUCUCUUAAAAUACGAGUAGAUUUAGAGCACUUACUCUUCGACAAACAACCAUGAACAACAAAGGUUCCUAUCCACAGCAAGCUGUGUACCCUCAACAGAGCACUGCACCCAUUUACCCUCCUGCUAUGCAAAUUCCACCACCUCCACAGGCACCCCCCUAUUCAGAUGCCCCUCCUGCCUAUUCCGAGAUCUACCAGUCAAGGUAUAUGCACCCACCCCAAGCCCCUGGUCAGCUACCUCCGAUGACAACUGCAUACCCUGCUACUCAGAUGUAUAUGCCCAUGCCACAGACUGUGCCAGUGGGAGCAAUGGCCCCUAACAUUCCGAUGGCUUACUACCCCAUGGGACCGGUGUAUCCUCCAGGUUCCACAGUCCUAGUUGAUGGUGGAUUUGAUGCGGGAGCUCGUUUUGGCCCUGGCACCUCUGCUUCCAUUCCUCCCCCCCCUCCCGGACAUGCCCCGAAUGCAGCACAGCUGGCGGCCAUGCAGGGUGCGAAUGUGAUGAUGACACAACGUAAAAACAACUUCUUCAUGGGUGGCUCCAGCGGGGGUUACACUAUCUGGUAACGGUGAGGGUGUCUUGUCUCCUCUUCCCUCUCCUGCCUCCCUUGGGCUAGCAUGGCGAUGCCAUGAUCCUGAUACAACCUAACGGAAUGUAAUGUUUUAGAUCCCCUGCUACCGGUACACUACUCUGCUGAUGAUGCCUCUGUUUCAGUUUAAAAAAACAAAACAAAACGCAUGAUUACACAUCGCAAAUUUGGCUAAACAGUAAAGAUUAUAGAAAUGUUUAGUUUGGGUGGCAGAGAACAAAAGGUACCUUUGGCACAAUUCAUUGUAAAUGUCCUAGUUUAAUUCUUUGUGAAUUUCUCUUUGACUUGAAUUGAAAUUAAAUUUUAUCCCAUUACCGUGUGUUAAAUUUGGAAUAUUUCUUUAGUGGUUAUCAUGGUUUUUUGGUUUUUUUAUGUCCCACAACAAAUUACUCUUCUAAAUGUUUUCUUGAAAGUAGCUAUGCACUACUAUUUCAUAGUAGUUUUAAUUACUUUUUAUCCAUUGCAAACAGUUUCCAGUACUUCAUUCGUUUUGAUUGUGUAAUUAUACAUCCUACAAAUGUGAAGUUCAAGAAUUGUGCACCACCUAGUACAACGAUGUGUUUACAAAUUUGAAUCAUAGCAGAGUAUUGUACCUUUUGGGCAAAACUAGAUAAAUAUAAUCAGGUGCCAAAUUGUAUUGAGCACCAUUACUUUAACAAACAUUUACAGAUAAAAACAAUGCAGUAAAAGCCCUCAUAUUUGGUUCAGAAAGUUGGUUGGCUUUUUAUUAAUUGUUUCCCCCCCGCCCCCAUCAUGUCGGAUACCCAGAGCUGUACAUAAUGCAAUGUUUAAAUUUUAGUUUAGUGAAAUGUCAGACAGUUUCCUUUUCACAACACCGUGUGUGCGUGUGUGUGUGUGUGUUGCUCACACAGUUUUCUUUAGCUAUGUCCUCAAAGUUAGAAUUAUUUAGAGAUCAGGGCUUAAUCAAGAGGUUUCAUUUUUCUUUUCAGUACUUGAGCACAUCAAGCAGGUUUUACUUUCCUAGUGAACAUUUUAAAUGUAUAACCAUAAAGCUGGUUGUACCAAAGAUCUGGAUUAGAAUGCACUAAAAAAAAGCUUUUGCUGUGACUUGAAAGUCUUCUUCUCUCAAUAAUUCUGCACAUAUGGUUAAUAAAAGAUAAGGAAACAUAUCAAAAUUUAGGGGAAGGUGAUUGUUUUGUAGGCAUGUAAUGUCUACUAAAGCACACCACUGCUCUGACUGUCUUUUGUAGUAGGGUGUGUUAAAAAAUGUAUCUAGCAUAACUGCAUCUUGAUGGUUCUGCAUGCCUUUUGCACUUUUAUUCAGUACUAUUUUGUUUUUAAUAAAGAUUUAUCAUUGUUAAAUUUUUAGAAAUACUACAGAUAUUAAUUUAUGUGCACUGUCAACCAACUCUGAAAUGUUAGACCUUUUGCAACUUGUUUUUUGUACAAAUGCUUUAUAAACGCAAAUACAGUGUCAGUCAUUAAAUUUUACUGUGUGGAUGAUU